CGCACGCACGCACACAUACGCGGGUUAGUAAAAACAUCUUUACGCUCCACUCCGCUCCGGAAGGAGCUCUUUUUCGCCAGAAACGGUGCGUUCUGCGGAGAAAAAGAUUACAAUUUUCCAUUCAAGUGUUGCCCGAUCGCUGCGGUCACCCCUUCCCGGUGCGGGUUUCGUCGGAAAGAGUAUCGGAAAAAGGCACGGACGACGGAAAAGUCCGUAUUACGCGGCGUGGUCCUGCUGGUGGUGGUGCUACCGUUGCCGUGGUCGAUCGAUGAUUUCAGUGUUUUCAUCCCACAACCCACCAACAGCAGCAGUAGUGAUGGCGGCGUGAUCAGAGUGUUUUCGGGAUUUCGUUCGGGAGCAAAACAAGUGAUCCAAGUGAGGGGGCGAUCCUGCUAAAUGCCUUAUCGUGCCCGUUGUGCCGUUGUGCGGUGGAUGUGAAAACAUCACAGCACAAGAAGAAACACAGGGUGUGGUGGUGACGGGUGAUCCGAUGACCAGAGGAGGCACCCUGUAUUCGUCUCUGGUGCAGCUUCGCUGCUUUUGUUUUGACUGCCGUGGACGACGACGAGAACGAGAACAAGCCAGCCAGGCAACGCAGUUCUGCUGCCCCCCUCAUCCUGCGCAUUGUGCAACACCCCUCCCCAUUGGUGGUGGCCCAUUUUGGCCCCGUUGUCGUCGACAGCACCGUGAAAGCCUAAAGAAGGUGCAACCACCGGGUAACAGCGGGUGGUACAGUGCGCCGUCGUGGUGAUCGUCAAUCAUCACCGCAAUCAAGCGAGCGCAUCUUACGGUGAACCGUGUCGAUCGGGAGGUACACCGUGUGAACGAGAACAGUCCUUCUUUUCUUCAUCCUGCUGCUGCUGUUGCUGCGUUUCUUUCGUGAAAUUAGAACCACAUUCCUCCCACCGACGAUUUUCCAUUGGCCACACAUUGGGCUGGUUGUGCGCCUUCCUCAACAUUCGCGUACCAUCGCUUCGCACACCGCUCCGACGUUAUCGACGACGGCAUACGUCGACGACCGUCGAAGCAGGCGAGGAACACACAUACGGUCGAUCUCAACGGCUGCUGCGUACCUGAUAACGAAGACCCACGCGCCGCGGUGCGCCACGGCUUCAACGGAAAGAAUCGGUGAUUGGCUUUACAUUUCGACGGAUCGCUCGCAUGGCCACAGCGGAUUUCACCGUGCUUCUUCUUCUGCAAUCCAAAGCAGUUGCCCCCGGGCAAACGAAACGCGCCUACUAGGAGGGCUACUACAACUGUUCGCCUCGAGUUGUGACUCGACUUUCCACGCGUGUUCAGCGGUUACUCCGUUUCGCGCAGAAGGAGGAAGCACCGUACGUUACAAUGAUGGUUGCAUCUGGGUCCGUUGCGUAUCGCGGGCAACGUGCCCACUCAAUCACAACCAGAACGCAACGGGUGAGGCCGGUACCAGCUCACCGGCAUCGCCGGCAUGCAGCAAUCAUCUUGCUGGUGUCAAUAGUGAUGAUGAUGAUGACGAUACUGCAGCAAGUUCCAACGGCGCAGGCGGACAUCCUUGUCUAUCAGAUGCUGAGCGAUCAAAUAAUCGAGGAGUUCCGUGACCUACCGGCGACAUUCGGUGGCGAGAUACCGGACACGGGCCUGAAGGUACUGGCGGAUAGGGCCGAUCCGGCCGAUGGUUGCUCCGCGAUGCGUCCACCACCGAACGUUACCAGCAGCAAGUUUGCAGUCGUUAUCGCACGAUACAACUGCUCGUUUGAGGAGAAGGUACGCAACGCUCAGCAGGCAGGAUACUCGAUGGUUAUCGUGCACAAUGUUGGCAGUAAUGAUUUGGAACACAUGUCCGCCAACCACCCGCAGGAUCUGAUCAUCCCGUCCGUGUUUGUUGGGGAGAGCAGCGGGCGAGGGAUCAUCGAGAGUUACCUGUACGAUCACGACUAUGCGCUCGUCAUCACCGACGACAUUCCUUUCAACAUUAGCAACAAUCUGAUCAUCCCGUUCGCGAUCGUGGUCGGGCUUUGCUUCAUCAUCAUGCGUUGCUUUCAGGUGCUGUUCAUGAUUGCCCGAUGUAUACGGGAGCGUCGUCGUACGCUACGUCGGCGCCUGCCACCGUCGCUACUACGCCGGAUGGGCAUCGUAAAGUUCGUCAAGGGUAUGCACUACGAGACGUGCGCCAUCUGUCUGGAGGAUUUCGUCGAGAACGACCGUCUACGAGUGCUGCCCUGUCGCCAUGCUUACCAUGCACUGUGCAUUGACCCGUGGCUUACGAAAUCUCGGCGCGUCUGCCCCAUUUGUAAGCGCCGUGUGUUGGUGCAGGGCGAACGACGUCAGCGACGUCAUCGGUCUUCCAGCGGUAGCAUGUCCUCGUCGGAUGCCGAUGAAAAUGCUCCACUGCUGCAACAGAAUGCUUCGGUGAACAGUGCAGCCAGAACGGCAGGACAGCCGGUGUCGGAUGUGCUGGUAACCAAUGCCAAUGCGUCUCCUCCUACCACCACGCAACCGACGGCGGCGGCAUCAUCGGUCACUGCCGCUAGUGGAAGGACGGGGGGAGAUGCACCGAGCGGUGGUAACGUGAACACGUCCCGUAGCUACGAAGCGUUGCUGCAAGCGAUCAACACCGUGCAGAUUCGCGUGCAGCACUCGGACGAUGAUGACGAGCUGCUGGAUGAUCGGAAUGUCCAGCAGCCGAUGCAGCGAACAGCGGCGGAGGCAGCUACUUCCGGUGCUUCACCUUACGGUGCCAUCGGUGAAGAGGAACAGCUAUCCCGCUGGCAACGUUUCAAAGGCUUCUUCUCACGCGCCCGGACCCAGUACGAGACUCUACCGGAGGCGACAGCUGGUCCCGGCGGUAGUAUUAGUGGCGCUGGUAGCAGCAACAACAUCCUCAAUACACAGCAUUCCGGAUCGUUCCAUACGGGCGAGGAAACAACGGAUGAUGAGCUGAUCGAGCGGAUGAAUGAUGUGGUAAAGCGGAGCCAGGUACGCUCCGCCCCGGAUCUCCUACCCUCGACGAGUGGUCACCGUGGUGAUCGUGGUGGUGAAGCAAGUGCCGCCGGUCCUUCUUCCGCGUCCUCACCUCGAUUGGGUGUGGUCGCGCUGCCGAACGUCAACUUUGAACCAGCAAAUGGUGGUGGUAGUGGUGGCACCAGCGGUGGCAUUUGGCCAUCAUCAUCAUCGUCAUCCCAGUCCCAGCGACAGAGUCGACCGAGAACCAGAGGGGGCGAUAUUGUGUAAAUAGUCCCGUUAGCUGUAUAACCCGUGCAAAGGGAGAGAAGGCCAUCAUGAAAAAGGAAGAAAAAGGAACAACGGAUCGCACCGUCGCGAGACAACGUCGCCCGCUUUGGAGCGUUUCGGUGCCGGGUGGAGGCCGAUUCGCCCGAUCCUUGCUUAGAUUCCUUGGUUUUUGUUUUUUUUUCUUAUUUUUUUUACCCAAAGCAACAAAUGGCCCCGGCGUGUUUCCGGGCGUUGGUCAUACUUUCCGACCACGGUAGUGUUCCGAUCGGUACAGGAUGUAGCUCGAAUGAUGGAACCACCAGCCGAUUAAGGCGCGAAAGGAAGGAUUGGUUGUAGUAGUCAGUAGAACGUGCCGACAGGUGCACGAGAGCAAAAAGCGAUCAUAUUGAUGUCGCUUUACCCACGUGAUAUAGCAACUAUGUAUAAGAUUCUCAUUGUCGAGGUCACCCCAGAGUAGUGGCCCAGCGGGGACACACAACGAAGUGGACACUCGGCACCGUAAACGAACGAAGCGAUCCGUGUACCGCGGUCAGGCAGCUUUCUUCGGUUGGCUUCGUUUCCCACUCGCCACCCCGCACCAGGUGGUCGUUUCGUUUCCGUCGUACUAGUGUGUGGUUUGUGCUGCCGAGGAGACCCACUCAACAACACAUCCCCGCAACCGCAAAGGAGGGAGCGGGAGGAGGGGGGGAGGUGUUGGUAAUCCAUCUAAUUACCUUUGAAAGUAUAGUCAUCCGAUAAUUAUCUUUAUAAUUAUAUUACCCGUCGGCGCCGUAGACUCCCGGAGUUCGUUUUACUAACUGAAACUGAAUUGAAUUAUUGAGCGGAGAGUGCGAGAGAGCGUGUUUGAAAUGGGAAAAGUGUUGAAAAUGAUAAUAAAAAGCCACCACAAUGGUUUUCUUUUCAUUAAAACGCACGAAUAGCGAAACCAAGAGAGAGAGAGCGAGAUUGGGAAAUCAUUUACUAUAGGCAGACGAUGCCCCGCCUCCGGUCACAAUUUUCCGAUUGUCAUUUCGAUCCAAGCAUGCCAGGCGAACGGAUCCGAUCAAUGAAGUAUGUGUAUAGAAGUUGGAUAGAGAAAUAUGAUUUCGCAUUAAAGAUGAAUUGAUCCACCUGAUUUUACCCAUCCGCAAUAUAUAUAAAGAUUGUUUGUAUAUCGUUUAUCCCCAAUUUGCCUCAUUACCAGGAGAUGGAAAGGAAAUUUACCCUAAACCUAGAAACUAACUGGAAAAGAGCGAUUACGGAGGUGAAGAGGAACUGCAAUGCCUCCGUGAGCUUCCUAUUGGCGGUUUUUAGAGCGAUCGAUUUGAUGUUGUUGGAUGUGUGACCACCUUACCAUAGUUUCACGAUCACCGGCGAUGCCCUAAAACCGGGGGCAUAGCGGUUGGCUCCUACAAUAACUCGUAAGGCAUUAGCUGUAAGUCAGUGAUUACCGUUGAUUACGAGGGAGGGACCAGAUGUCUCGUCCAGAAACAAAAACAAAAAAACUCGAGAAAGCAUGGUAGUAGUUGAAUAAAUGGCGCGUAAAUAGUAAACCGAUUGGUGAUGAUGA